GGAUGAUGGAGUGAGAGGCCCGGGAGAAAGGUUCGGGCGGCUAGGAGGAUGAGAAGUUUCGGGUAAAGGCUGGAGACCAGCUUGAGCAGGGAGGGGGUCCCAGGUGGAAAUAUGGACAGAGGCCGGUGGGCUCACAUUGCAGAUGCAAGAGGAGGUUGGGGUGGGAGGUUGGGGUGCUCCGAAAGAACUGGGCUGUGACCCUCCGCAGAGUGCUGACCACGCCCCUUAGGUGAGCCAGCCCAGAUACCCCCGACGGGCUCUGCCCAGCCCUCCCACUCCCCAUCUCACUUUUAGCGGUAACCCUCCUCCCUACCCCCGCUAGGACUGGGAUAGGGUAGAAAAGGUAGACGACGCCACCCCCAUCCUACUCCCCGCCGCGCUCCAGGGCUGUUUGCUUGCAGCUCCCAGGUGGUCACGCUCCCUGCACCUGCGGGGCUAGCGCCCAGGCACGUGAAGAACGGAAAGGAACCUGUUUCCUACUCCGCGCUGGGUUCUCCUGAGGCCACUCCACAAUCCUGUCGUGACUGCCUCACCCCUUGGCGAAAAUAAUGUCUCCAUUAGCAACCCCGUCCCCACUCCCCAAACAGGUUGGUCCUGUCGGGGUGGGGUAUGGUUAAGUACAGGUACACCUGACACUCCAGGGCAGCUGGGGCAGAGGCCAGGGACCUAGCAUCUCUGGGUCCUCCCCUUUUCCCUCCCAGGCCACUUUCCCUCACUUCUACUGCUGGGAAACCAGUUCCACCCUGAUCUUGAUCUCUGCCCCUCUGGGUGAGUGGUUAUCCUUGACCACUUCUGUUCCAUCUGGUCCCAGGAUCGCUGUUGGAGUGCUGGAUGGAGCCUUUCUCUGUCCUCUGUGACAUUUCUAAUUUUAGAUAAUGCCUCACAUCUCUGCCCCCCCCGGGACCCCCUGAAGACCCCAUGAUCCCGAAGAAGACAGCUUGAACCUAGACCUGAGCCCAGGAUGUUGCGGAGGCUGCUGGAGCGGCCCUGCACACUGGCCCUGCUUGUGGGCUCCCAGCUGGCUGUCAUGAUGUACCUGUCACUGGGGGGCUUCCGAAGCCUCAGUGCCCUAUUUGGCCGAGAGCAGGGGCCGACAUUUGACUAUUCUCAUCCCCAUGAUGUCUACAGUAACCUCAGUCACCUACCUGGCGCCCCUGUUGCCCCAGGGGGCCCUCCAGCUCCUCAAGGUCUGCCCUACUGUCCAGAACGGUCUCCUCUUUUAGUGGGUCCCGUGUCCGUGUCCUUUAGCCCAGUGCCGUCACUGGCCGAGAUUGUGGAGAGGAAUCCCCGGGUGGAACCGGGGGGCCGGUACCGCCCCGCCGGGUGUGAGCCCCGCUCCCGCACAGCCGUCAUUGUGCCCCACCGGGCCCGGGAGCACCACCUUCGCCUGCUGCUCUACCACCUGCACCCCUUCCUGCAGCGUCAGCAGCUUGCGUACGGCAUCUAUGUCAUCCACCAGGCUGGAAAUGGAACAUUUAACAGGGCCAAGCUGUUAAACGUUGGGGUGCGGGAGGCCCUCCGUGACGAGGAGUGGGACUGCCUCUUCUUGCACGACGUGGACCUUCUGCCUGAGAACGACCACAAUUUGUAUGUGUGUGACCCCCGGGGACCCCGGCAUGUUGCUGUUGCCAUGAACAAGUUCGGAUACAGCCUCCCGUACCCCCAGUACUUUGGAGGAGUCUCGGCGCUCACUCCUGACCAGUACCUGAAGAUGAAUGGCUUCCCCAAUGAAUACUGGGGCUGGGGUGGUGAGGAUGACGACAUUGCUACCAGGGUGCGUCUGGCUGGGAUGAAGAUCUCUCGCCCCCCCACAUCGGUGGGGCACUACAAGAUGGUGAAGCAUCGAGGCGAUAAGGGUAACGAGGAAAACCCCCACAGAUUUGACCUCCUGGUCCGUACUCAGAACUCCUGGACGCAAGAUGGGAUGAACUCACUGACAUACCGACUGCUGGCUCGAGAGCUGGGCCCUCUCUAUACCAACAUCACAGCAGACAUUGGAACUGACCCUCGGGGUCCCCGGAGUCCCUCUGGUCCCCGUUACCCACCUGGUUCCUCCCAGGCCUUCCGUCAAGAGAUGCUGCAGCGCCGGCCCCCAGCCAGGCCUGGCCCUCUGCCUACUGCCAACCACACAGCCCCCCGUGGUUCACGCUGACUCCUCCUUCCUGCCCUCCUCAAUCAUGAAACUGAAUCAGAGGGGUUGUACUCUCCCCACCCUCAGCUCCUCACUGGUCUUAGAAGGACGUGGGGGGACUGAACUCCAGGCUGCGCUGGAGGCAAGGGCCUCUGCUCACUGCUGGACUGGAGCUGGGCUCCUUCAGUCCUGGGGGUCCCUCUUUCUAGGGUCACCUGCUAGGGCUUAUGACUGUGAAUCCUUGAUGUCAUGAUUUUAUGUGAUGACUCCUCAGAGUCCCUGGCCCCUGGGGUAAGAGCAGGGCUGGACCCCAAGUCCCUUCCUCUUCCGUGGAGAGAAGAGUGAUCUGGCUUUUCCUGGGACCUCUGUGAAUAUUUAUUCUAUUUAUGGUUCUGAGGAAGUACGUUUGGUGAAGGAAGCCCCUCCCUGGGUACUUUCUGCCAGUGCUGGAGUCACUUCCUCUUCUGGACCUGGCUCAGGGGGCUGGGAUUUUGAUAUAUUUUCUAAUAAAGGACUUUGU